AUGUCAGCCGCCGAUAAGAUAAACCGUAAAUCAUACAGAGACUGGGUGAGAGGAGCCCUCGGAUUAUCCUUUCUGCAAGAAGGUCUCCAUCCAUUCACUGACCGUGUUGUUAAAGCGGAACAUGAACGAAUAGUUAGCAGCCUUACGAAAUGUAGUAAGCCACAUUCCAAAGGACAUACCAAACAUUGCCAGAUGUAUGAGAAGAUUGCUUCAAAUCACAAUUUUCAGACGCCAAGUUUGAUAAGUAAUUGUCAUGCAUGGUAUACUGACCAUUGGCAGUUUGCAAAAUGUUUCAUGACAACCACAACAAAAGAAUCAAACAAGAACAAGACUGCAUCCGACACGGAUGCAUCCGGAUUACUCAGCAUUAUAAUCAAUGCAAAAUUCUUUCAGUUAGAAGUUCAGUCCCCUUUUAAUCCACGUACCGGUACUGAUAUUUUUAGUCAGGCACGGAAGAAAAGAAAUGAAUUGCUACACAAUGCUACACAAGAAUUGGAGGAUUACGAAGUGACUAAAUAUUUAGAAUCUAUGAUAGCAGUACUAGAAGACAAGAAAAUACAAAGCAUUGAUCCAGAAGCUCAAGCAGCUCAAGCAGCAGUAAAAAAGUUAAAAGAGAUUCUCAAAGACAAAUUAAACAUUACACCAAGAGAAGAAGCCAAGGUAAUGCAAAUAAUUCAAGCUGAACUGGAUGACAUCAAAGAGAAAAUUAGAACGCUUGAACAGCAGAAGGAGGAUUCUACUGCAAAAAUAACUGAACUUGGAAAAGGACAUGAUAACCUUGAAGCAAGAGUGGAAAAACUGGAAAAAAGAGUGUCAGAUUUGGAACAUAAUAUCGCCACACUGAAAGGUACUAAAGAACAUCUCCAGAAAAGGAGUAAAUACCUGAAAGACAAACUAGGUCUCCAACAACACCUGGUGGAUAAAUAUCAGAAAUAUUAUGUAAAGACAUGGAUUUCUCCUCUAAUGACGCAACGAAAUAAGGUCAACAUAGGGGACGUUUAUGUAUCACCUAGCAUGAAAGUCGACGAAAAUGAAAAUGACAACGACGGAAAUAUCACUGAAGUCCGAAAAGACAGGAGAACAAAAACGAGGCAUGUAGAGAGAUACUGCGACUUAUUUGGCACAAAUGAAAAUAAAAACAAGAAGAUUUUUAUCGUAGGAGAUGUAGGAACUGGAAAAAGCUCCUUUUGUAAAAUGAUGCUGCAAAACUGGAGCAGCUCCAUCACAAAAAGAAGAGACAGUGAUGAUUUGAGCGUCAUGGAAGAUGAGGAUAUCCCUCAUAAAAAAGAAGACGAAAUAAGCGAUAUGGAUCGAUUUGAUUUUUUAUUCUAUAUACCUUUACGCGAAAAGCUGAGUGGUACUGAUGACAUUAUCGAUAUGAUAAAAGCUCACUUAGGAAAGUAUGGGUCUCUGGUUGACGAGGUAUUCACGAACGAUUCGGAGCGUAUUCUCGUUCUAGCAGACGGUUUGGACGAGUGGGCACAUGACGGGAUACUGAAAUCUAGUCUUGCAGGCGAUUCUACAAUACUUACAACAUCUCGGCCGUCGUCUAGUGGUAUCUUAAAUAUGGAAUCAACGGACUACGAUUUGAAAGUUACUCUCCUUGGUUUAGAUAAGAAAUCUGUAACUCCUAUGAUAGAAAAAUACAUGCAAUUGUUAGAUAAAACUUCAUAUGUCGAAGCCUUUAAGGACAUUCUUCCAGAAUUACCAUUCAAAGAUAUUCAUAAGGCUCCAAUGUUGCUGCAGCAGAUCAUCUGGUUGUACUGCUAUGGUCAUGAUAUAGGUAAAGCUAGAAGUUAUAUCUACAUACAAAUUAUUAAUGCUGUACUUGGAUCGUAUCAUGGAAAAAUGAAAGCUUUUCCGAAGUUGCAAAGUUGCAGUUUGAAAGAUCUUUCACUUCCUGCGACUGUUGCUGAUUAUCCUAGAUGUCUUGAAAAUAAAGAACUACUACUUCUUUUAGGUAAAAUUGCUUGUGACGCGUACAUAACGGGUAAAGACUCAUCACUUGUGUUCGGUCGGCACAAACUGAAGCAGUUGGGUGUGCCAGAUGAAGAUAUUGAAACAAUUUUACAGACUGGUAUUCUAACUGAAGUCAACUGUGCCGACCCGACAUACGAGACGACGCAACUUUCAUUUAUUCAUACAUCUUACGUGGAGUUUUUUGCUGCUCUAUACAUUUGCAGCAAUUACCUAUCAGAAAGUUCUGAUUCUUCCUCGAGUAAUCCCUUUACUAUACUCGAGCGUCUCAUUGCAGUAACACCAGAAACCUCUGUGACCGAAAUACUGCGAUUAGAAAAUGUACUUAUUAUGAUAUGUGGACUGGAUCCACGUCUCACAGAACAUGUUUGUGACUGCAUAUAUAAGUUGACACCAAGCGAUGAGAAUACGGAUUAUAACAUUAACUGUCAGAUACAUGACUUGAUUGAAGAUUGUUUAUCAGAACAUAAUUCUUACCAUCAAAAACCCGUUGUUAAGUUCAAACUACGUCACAUAUGUAAGUGGUUCGCAUUUGAUAGAGGGUUGUCUAUGCGUGUUUCUGAUUUAGUUCCUACUAGUGUCGAAACAUGUAGUUUAGUGUAUCUUAGUCUGUCUCAUGAGCAAUGUUUGUCGUUAGAGUCAUGUUUGUCACAAGCAGUAUCAAUACGAACUCUUACAAUAAACAAGAUCACAUGUACUAAGGACGAUUGUGAGGGUCAUGCCAUUGAUUUAACUGAUCAUAACGAAUUAAAGAGUAUAGAUUUAUCAGGAAAUAAAAUAUCAGUUGCUGGUAUAAAUCAUACUUGUCUUCAAUCCUACAGAAUCUCAUACUGUAAAUUGUCUCACGAGCAGUGUUCGUUGUUAUCAUCAUGCCUGUCACAAGCAGUAUCAUUACGAACUCUUGAAAUAGAGGACAUCAAAUGUACUGAGGACGAAUGUGAGAGUCAUACUAUUGAGUUGACUAAUCAUAAAGAAUUGCAGAGUAUAAAGUUAUCAGGAAAUAAAAUGUCAGUUUCUGGUAUAAAUCAUACUUGUCUUCAAUCCUACAGAAUCUCAGACUGUAAAUUGUCGCACGAGCAGUAUUCGUUGUUAUCAUCAUGCUUGUCACAAGUAGUAUCAUUACGAACUCUUGAAAUAAGUCGCAUCAAAUGUACUAAGGACGAAUGUGAGGGUCAUACUAUUUACAUGACUAAUCAUAAAGAAUUGCAGAGUAUAAUGUUAAAAUGGUGUAAAACAUCAGUUUCCGGUAUAAAAAGUAAGGUCCUUGAAUCGUAUGAACUCUGUGGAUGUAGCUUAUCACACGAACAAUGCACAGAAUUAUCAUCAUGCUUAUCACAAGCCACAUUAUUAAAAUCGCUAGAGUUGUACGAUGUCGAAUGUAUUAAGCCUGAGUGUGAAGGUCAUUGUAUCGAUCUAUCAAGUCAGAAUCAACUGCGCGACAUAUGGGUUUCUAGGUGUGACAUAAUAACGCUUUCUGAGGUUAAUCGAACUUGUCUUACGAAUCACAAACAGCUACUCAGAUCACAUUUAUCAACCUGUAACACGAUAUUUAUCACCGGUAUAAAUCCUACAUGCCUCGAGAAGUGUGACAUCAGUAACUGUGAUCUAUCGCACGAGCAAUGCGCGUCAUUAUGCUCAUUCCUAUCACAAGCAGAGUCUUUAUACGUCCUUGAACUAAGCUGGAUCAAAUGUAUUGAGUAUGCUUGUGAAGGUCAUCAUUAUAUUGAUCUUACGAAUCACAAGCCGCUAGAAUUCUUAAACGUAUCAUAUUGUAACAUGAUAUCUAUCACCGGUACCUGUUUCCUGACAAUGUGUAAUAUCAGUCACUGUAAUCUAUCGCACGAACAAUGCGCGUCAUUAUGCUCAUUCCUAUCACAUGCAGUAUCUUUACUUGAGAUUGAACUAAGUGAGGUCAAAUGUAUUGAGGAUGCUUGUGAAGGUCAUUAUAUUGAUCUUACGAAUCACAAGCAGCUAGAACGCUUAAAGGCAGUUGCAGAUGCAGCAAAAGCAGAGGAAAAACACAGAUUUUGCUGUAGCAGUCGUAGCAGUGGUACAAAAUUAACAUUUGCAGAUGUAGACACAGCAGCAACAUAA